AUGGCGUUGGAAGGUGGGCGAAUGAAUGUGCGUUUAUGCAAAGGGUUAACAUCUAACGUCAUCGCAGAAGUUUUGAAUGACUCCGAGUUCGAUUAUUCUGGAGAUGAUACAGAUGAAGAUCCAGAGUUUCAUCCACCAGAAAUCAAUCAAACUAUCCGUGAUCAUGCUCAAAGCGAAUCCAGUAGUUCGAGCGAGGAUGAAGAUGAUUUGGUUACUUCGGUGGCUUCUCCAACAGUGUCAGACAACUCAGACUCACCUUCAACUUCGUCAUACUUAUUACGAGCAAGAGGACGUGCAAGGAGAACAUCUCACAGGCAGAGUUGUGGUCGUAGCCGUGGUAGAGGUGAAAGCUUACAGUUAAUAUCCCCUCGACAAAUAGCUAUAAGAACUCGACAAUAUAACGCAGGAAUUCAAGAUACUUGGGUACACGAGACACUAGAUUCAAAAAUUAAUAGUUUGAUGCAACCUGCUUACAUCAAUAAAAGUUCUAACGAAUGGGAGUGGUAA